AUCAGUUGGGAUCCAGUCAUUAUCAUCUCGAGAGACAAAAUCACCUCGAGAUACUCUCCACAACAACCACUAGGACUAUCGAGGUGUCUCCGAAAAUAUCCAGCCUCAACAUCAGAGACUAAUACUCCCUGAGGCAUGAUUCACGAGUUUUGACAGGUCUGAUGUGAUCUCCCAGGGAUCGUAGCCGGCCGGUUCCCCAUUGGAUUCCUCCCCCGAAGAAUCCAUUAACAGUAAAAAAUAAUCCACAAACUUACCUCAACGGCGCCACGAGGUCUUCAAACAUGUUUGCUUUCGCUCAGCAGAAUGCAGUUGAGCCAAUGCAGGUGGAUGCACCACCGGAGGACAACGACAACACCGAGGAGGAGCCUUACAUCGUCGAAAAUCCAACACUCGACCUCGAGGUAUACGCGAACAGCUACACAGGGCUGGCAAAGCUCUACCGCCUUAUCUACAUUGCCGAUCACUGUCCCAGCCUGCGAAUAGAGGCCCUGAAGAUGGCAAUCACCCACGUCCUCACUACGUACAACGUCUCCCUGUACCAAGUUCUCCACAAGAAGCUCCUCCACGCCUUGAACACCCCAGGCCUCCCCGACGUAGCAGCCCAGUCCACCUCAGCCCAGGACACGCCAGUGCUCAAUCAGAUGUGGGUGGAGUCAAAAUCGAAGAAAGCAGCCCUCAAACUCGAGAAGUUCGACACAGACCUGAAGAAUUACCGUAGCAAUUCCAUCAAGGAGAGCAUCAGAAGGGGUCACGACGACCUCGGGGACCACUACCUUGACUGUGGAGACCUAGCUAACGCCCUCAAGUGUUACUCAAGGGCUCGAGACUACUGCACAAGUGGAAAACACGUGGUCAACAUGUGUCUGAAUGUCAUUAAAGUAUCUGUUUACCUUCAGAAUUGGACGCAUGUUCUCACUUACGUUGCUAAGGCUGAGAAUGCCCCUGACUUUCCUGAGGUUCACAGUAAGGACAACAAUCAGUCGAUCGUGACGAAGCUCAAAGUAGCUGCUGGCCUAGCUGGUCUUGCCAUGAAGAAAUUUAAAAUGGCUGCUAAACACUUUCUCCAAGCCUCCUUGGAUCACUGCGACUGCCCAGAGCUACUGUCCCCUGGUAAUGUCGCACUUUAUGGGGGUCUCUGUGCCCUUGCCACAUUCGACAGGCACGAGCUGCAGAAGCAGGUCAUCUUCAGCAGCUCGUUCAAACUGUUUUUGGAGCUCGAGCCACAGCUCAGGGACAUCAUCUUCAAAUUCUACGAGUCAAAGUACGCCUCGUGCCUAAAGCUUCUUGAUGAGAUCAAGGAUAAUAUUCUACUGGACAUGUAUAUUGCUCCACAUGUGAACUCUUUGUACACUCAGAUUCGUAAUAGGGCGCUCAUUCAGUACUUCAGUCCUUAUCUCAGCGCUGAUAUGAGGAGAAUGGCUGUGGCUUUUAAUAGGAGUGUCCCCGCUCUCGAGGAUGAACUCAUGCAGCUGAUACUUGAUGGACAGAUCCAGGCACGAAUUGAUUCUCAUAAUAAGAUUUUAUACGCCAAAGAUGUCGAUCAACGUAGCACAACCUUCGAGAAGUCAAUAAGCAUAGGGAAAGAGUACCAGAGAAGAACCAAGAUGCUCCUCCUUCGUGCUGCAAUUUUCAAGCAUCAGAUUCAAGUCAAAUGUCCCCUGCGUGAUAAUACCCAAGGUGGUGAGAUGUCAGUGGCUCCCGGGAACAGUUCAGCCCCACGAAGCUAAUCAACGAGCCUCAGUAAUCAUUAAACCCCUGUUCUUUUUCAUGAUAAAUAAAAUUAAAAAAUUCAUUCAUAAUAAAUUUUGAUUCCAAUUAUUCUUGUAAUAGAUGAUAACAUGAAUUCUACACACCUUUUCAUUUGAGCGUCACUAGAUUUUCGGGCACUUUGUCCCAUGUUAAUUACCUGAAAUUAAAUAUUAUGAGUUUGGGGCACUUUCAGCGA